GCAGCAGCGCAUAGUACCACAGAGGAGGGUAGGCUACUGACUGCUUCAUGUGUAGCUUCAGCGACGACGAGAGGUCUGUGCGAAUACACGCCACCAACAGUCUCACUGAGUUUAACGAUGGACCUUUGCGCCGACUGCAUUUGGCUUGCGGUGAGGUGCACGGUGAAGCGAGCACUCUUGCGCUCGCGCGGCACGCACUGCUGAGAUGAUGUGGGAAGGUAUGCGAGGUUACGAGGAGAACGGGCCAAUGGUAACCUCGAGACCCAAGAGCACACGUUAUUCCUAGAGCUGCCGGAUGGAUGCUGUUGGAAAAUGACAGGUUUCGGAAUACUGUGGGCUGGAGCAUCGAGGACUGUUCUCCAAUGGAAUGCAGAAAAGACAGCGCAACCGCCGCAGUGAAUGAAGUUGUUUUCCAAGCGUCUCAACCGGCAGCGGUGGUCAGUCCUGAUCGGCGCGGGAUGGUCGAGACGCUGAGCAUCGCCGUCAUCGGAGCGCCUGGAGUCGGGAAAACUUCUAUCAUCCGCCAGUUCAUUUACAAUGACUUCUCCGAGACCUACACCCCCACCCAAACUAGAUACAUGUACAGACCCUCGGUCAUUCUUAACGGUGUUAUGUACGACCUGAAGAUUUUGGAUGUCCCGCCAAUUUCCUCCUUUCCAUCAAGCCCGAGUCAGGAGUGGCUGGAUGAGCGAUGUAGAGGGGUCCGCAGCGCAAACGCCUACAUUCUGGUUUAUGACAUCUGCUGCGUGGAGAGCUUUGAGUAUGUCAAGAUGAUCCGUCAGCAAAUUAUGGAUAACCGAGUGGGCAGCAGUUGUGAAGUGCCCAUCCUGGUGGUGGGCAGUAAACGGGAUCUUCAGCGGCAUCGGUUCACCCAGCGCAGGGCCGUGUCUGUACUGGUGAAGAAAACAUGGAAGUGUGGUUAUGUCGAGUGCUCCGCUAAGUAUAACUGGCAUGUGCUUCUGCUCUUCAAAGAGCUCCUGGGAAUAGCCGUGGCCCGAGGACUGCGUCCAAACCACACCUCUCUCCGUCUGCAAGGGGCAUUGCACAGGAACCGCUGUAAUGUCAUGUGACAGAUAUGUAGCCUUUUUUUUAAUUGAUAAUUAUUUAUCAUAAUUAUCUGAUUUUAACUGGUCCUAAGUCAGUACUGAAAGUUAACUUUUCUGUACCGCGAGAAUGAAGCUGUGGGACAAACUCAAUCAAAAUGGCUGGAAUAUUACCACCUAGGGGCCUCUGUAACUGAUGCAUUCAUCUGAUGGAUUACCUUAGGUACUACUAAUUUCACUUUCCUCCAGUGAAUAACGGAAAAAUGGAAUCAGAUACGUUUUUAUUUAUUUUUUUUGUCAUCUUACCAAAGUCCGACAUGGUCGGAGUAAGAUUGUAUAAUUUGUCUCCCCUUCCUGCUCAGAUUUAAACUCAGAUGCAGUGAGUGUGUAUUCCGGUGUGAUGGUUUUUAAUGCUUUUAUGAAGGAUGAACUAAGGGUUCAGGAAUUAUGAUGAGCAAAGGUUUAUGAACCUGUUGGAGUUAUCUGUUGUGAUCCUCAAAUUUGACCUAAAAUAUGAUCUGAUCUUUCCCCACAUUAUCGUAUCAGUUAAAUACAAAUGAGAUAAUAUAUUUUUAAACAUUUUUAGAAACUUCCUCUUUAUCAUGCAAUAUGUUAAUCUUUAGAUUACUUUCAGAAGCACUGGCUUCAAAAAAAUCCCUGUCCUGUUACUCUUUGGCCAAUUUUCCUUUUGCAAAACUGCUUCAGGACAUUAAUAAGAUCCUGCCACAGCAUUUUUCUUCAUAAACCACAAACAGAAACUUCACCUUUCUCCCAUUACAUUUGUAAUAAUUAAAUGGGCCACUUUAGACAGACUCUGCAAAAGUGUAUGUAAGUAUUCCAAAAAUGUGAUUGGGACAAUUUUUUUUGGUUGGAACAGCUUUUUUUAAUAGCUAAAGGGUUUUAUCCAUAAUCUAAAGGGGGUUGCACACUGAACAACAAGUGCCACACACACACACACAUACAAUUCACAUUGUUUUCUAUGAGAGUACACACUGGUGAAAUAGAUUGCCCCUUUCUCUAUACAUUUGCUCUGUUUUUUUCAAACACAAAACUUUUAACUCAGUGAUGCCACUUUGUUACUUCUUGAAGAGAACAUUUGCUAUUUGGUGUGAUUAGAUUAACUAUUUACUGGUGAGUUGUCCUAGAUGUGGCGUUGUGCGACUGCAUUAUGAAAGUUAGGAAAUUACCAUUAUGAAAGUUAGGAAAUUUGUCCUUAAAAUAGGCACCAGCAUUCUUACCGAUGAGCUGCCCUUCCAUAGACACCUCUCCAGCUCAACGUGUUGUUAAAUGGUGGAUGUAUGAACAAAGCCAAGAGAUGCCUGGAGAUCCUUAGCUGUUAUCUUGGACUUCAAUAAAUCAUGCUGUCUUAUUUCUUUACAAACUUCUUAGCACAUUAGCCAAGAUAGGUAUAUCCCAGCCUGCCUAGUAUAUACAGUAUCAUUGCAUUGCAAUUUUCUCACCAUAUGCCAAAUCUAGUAAAAAUGUUAAACAUCCUACCUCCUAAAUAUAAAUGACUGAAGAAAUGAGGCACAAAAUAAUGUCUUCCACUGGCAGGAUAGAGAGGUGUUGUGCAGAUUUCAGCAAGCAUGUACAAUCAGUGGCACUCUAGAAGCUGCAAGAAGUUGUGAUAAAGCCAACAGGUCCCAUGGGGCUUCCCUAAACCUGAAGAUUUCUGCUGAACCAGGAUGCAGAGGAGGCUUACAUUCUUUACUGCAGUGCACUGCAGUCUGCAUGUUAGUUUUUUCUAAGUUACUCUCUGCUAGUGUAGUGACAUUUGGCACAAACUUCAAAUGAACUAAUAGAGAAGCUUCUGUAGACGUGCUGGUAGUCAUCACGAUUGAUUGAUUGGCUGGCUGUGUGGAAGUCUUGAUUCACAGCUGGAGCUGUCGCACUGCUACACCUAUUCUGUCUCCUACUCUGUUCUGAGGUAAUAAACUGUGGAGCUUUGGCACGCAGGUGGAAAUUCAUUAGACUGAGAAAAUUGAUGGUCCUAGAGGGUGCGAACCCACCCCGAAUGCUUCCCAUGACAGAAAAAGUUCAUAAGACAUAAUAUUCUCAGAGUGUGCUAAAAAUUGUGCUAGAAAUUCAACCUCAUUCCUCGCAAAUGCAACUCUGACAGCCAUCUAUGCACUUGUACACAUCUUACAUGACUCAAAAGAGCUAAGAACUUCAGUCAGCAGAAGGAAACAUAAAUAAGUUAGCAACUUGGGUCAUUUUUUUAAUCAUAAAGAACCUAUUUCUGUUUAAUGGAGCUGCAUGCUUUAAUUGGCAAAACCAAAAUCAUUCAGGGGUAAAUUGCACUGAUGUACCUAUUGUACAUAACUACAUGAGUGAGUACAAGCAGAUCUUUGUAACGAUACUUGAGCAUCAUUUUUGUCUUUGUGUAUAAAUGUUAGUGUUCAAUAAGCUUAGCAUGUAGUUUAAGAUUAAGCGAUUGAGAAACAGCCAGGCUAGUGUUAUAAAACAGCAGGAAGGGGUUCUGUCUGCAUGCCACACACUGUUAAGUGCUAUGAUUGUGGACUGAGGACUAGACAAUGUAGCAGAAUAUGUCCUGUGCUAGUAAAGUUAAAGGAUUUAGACUGAACAUUCAGAAAUGCUGAAUAUAGAUUGUGUUGGUAAGACUGUCUGAUUAUUUUUUUCCUCAUAUUAUUAUUUUUUUGUUUAGAUUUUAAAGGGCUACCUGCUUUUUAAAUGGAAAAAAAUCUGUUUUCUUUUUAGUAGUUAUGUUUCAUCAAGGAAAAAUGAAUAAACCCUUACAAACGAUGUCUUAGCUAUUCCCCUCAUUUGUUAAUUAUUUUAUACAUCAAUUGUGUCUAACAUCCCAAACCAACUGCUUUUGUGUCACAUUUGAAACACCAUGGCGCCAUCAACUGGUGAACAAUAUUUUCUCUCGCACAGAGAGAGGCUUCU